GGCGUGCUUUGCGCUUACAAAAAAAACUUCAAUAUUCUUUUCCCAGAGACAAAAACGAGGGAAGAAAAAAAAAAGUUUGGUGGGCAGUUGUUAAUAGCGAUUUAGUCGAAGAACAAAACACAAAGUGCAAGUGUUUUGAGCAUAACUGGCAUUUAGCCUUGUUUGAUUCAGCCAACACCAUUUUUGUUUUUCCCUUCUUUUCUACACAUAAAAAGGCUUCCUUUUCCCUUUCAAGCUUCCAUCUUUCUUGGGGUUCUUCAAAGAAACAACAAUCUAAAAAAAAUGGAGUGGCAUGCCUGUCUUGAUGAAUAUGAAAAGCUUGUUAUAAGGAUGAAUACACCCAGGGUUGUGAUCGACAAUGGUGUUUGUCCUACUGCGACUCUGGUCAAGGUUGAUAGUGCUAGAAGACAUGGAAUUUUGCUGGAUGCUGUUCAAGUUUUAACGGAUCUGAAUCUUUCAAUUAAAAAGGCUUAUAUUUCAUCUGAUGGACAGUGGUUUAUGGAUGUUUUUCAUGUGACUGAUUUGAAUGGAAACAAAUUAACGGAUGAGAGUGUUAUUAGCUACAUUGAACAGUCCAUUGAGACCACUCAUUGUGAUAGAAGCCAUGGAUUUAAUGGUUUAACAGCCUUGGAAUUAACCGGAACCGAUAGAAUCGGUCUUUUAUCUGAAGUAUUCGCGGUUUUAGCCGACUUGCAAUGCGAUGUGGUUGAUGCUAAAGUAUGGACUCAUAACGGUCGAAUUGCAUCUUUGAUUUUCGUUAAAGACUGUAAUUCAGGGUCGCCAAUCGAAGACUCGCAACAAAUCGACAAAAUUGAAGCACGUUUAAGGAAUGUUUUGAAAGGAGAUAACGAUAUUCGUAGCGCGAAAACCACGGUUUCUAUGGCCGUAACUCAUACCGAAAGAAGGUUGCAUCAAAUGAUGUUUGCAGAUCGUGAUUACGAACGGAAACCGAUUUUGGAACAUAAGUCGGAGUUGUCGGCUGUCACCGUGCAAAACUGGGUGGAAAGGGGUUAUUCUGUUGUGAAUGUUCAAUGCAAGGACCGAACUAAACUCCUGUUUGAUGUUGUUUGCACAUUGACAGAUAUGCAAUAUGUUGUGUUUCAUGCCACUAUCAAAACAUCAGGCGAUAAAGCAUAUUUGGAAUUUUAUAUUAGGCACAGAGACGGAAUACUGGUUAGUUCAGAACCCGAACGACAUCGUUUAAUCCAAUGUUUACAAGCUGCAGUCGAAAGAAGAGCAUCCGAGGGUGUAAGGCUCGAGUUAUGCACAUCGGAUAGACAAUGUUUAUUAGCCGACGUGACUAGAACGUUCAGAGAAAAUGGUCUUAACGUGACGAGAGCUGAGAUAUCAACCACGAGCGAUGUAGCUCUAAAUGUUUUUUAUGUAACCGACGCAACGGGAAACCUAGCCGAUCCCAAAACCAUCGAAGCAGUACGACAAAAGAUCGGUUUAGGUAACUUAAAGGUCAAGGAACUACCUUCGGUUUACCAUGAAAAAGCCGAACCCGAAGAGCAACAAGCUGUCGGGGUCGGUGGGGCGGUAUUGUUAUCACUUGGUAGCCUAGUGAGAAGGAAUCUAUACAACUUGGGGUUGAUUAAAUCCUAUUCUUGAAUGGAAAAAUUGCAAAAAGAAAGAUUUGUUUCAUUGGUUGGCAAAUUGGCAUAUUCUUUGCUUAAGAGUUGGGAUUUGGGGCCCCUUUUGUGUAAAUAUGAAAAAAGUAGCUGCAAAAAUUUGGUGAUUGUUGUUGUUGUUGAGAUUUUGGGUGGUUGAAUGGAUAGGGGAAAUCAUAUAGCCAAUGUUGAAAGGCAGCUCCACCAUUUUUUUAUAUUUACCCCCCUAGUCUUGUUUGGGGUUUGUGAAUUUAUGCUAUAGAUUAGAGAAAAAAAAGAAGAUUAGGUAGAAAAAAAUAUGGUUCAUUAUUAUUACACAACAUUUGUACAUAAACCACCUUUUUAGUAUUAAUUAAUUAUAAUGUUUGACUUGUUUUUAUUUA